AAGCAUAAAAAAACCCUCUGCACAUUAUCGAAAUGGAAGUCAACUCUAUGGAAACACCGUUGCUUUCGUCAAACGAUCAUGAGGCUGAAGUUUACAAACCGAACUUAACCAGUUUGGUUUCCACAAUGAAACCUAAUUUCUUCAUUGGUUUGCCUCAGAAACUUCGGUCUGUAAUCGACCCGGAAGACCCUUUUCACAUUGAUUUCUCGAAGGCCGUGGGUCUUAAAAGAGAUGAGGAGAAAUACUACGAACGACAAUUAGCAACACUUAAAUCUUUUGAGGAAGUAGAAAGUCUCAUAGCUCGGUCUGAAGAGCAUGUAAUCGAUGAAAAAGUCGUAGAAGAAGAUCGAGCUGAGAGAGCUGCACAAGAGAUGGCCAUGCAAAUCUCCAACUGGGCUAACAUAUUUUUACUUGGUCUCAAGAUAUAUGCUACAAUAAAGAGUGGAUCAAUAGCCAUUGCAGCAUCAACCCUCGACUCUUUGCUUGAUCUAAUGGCAGGAGGAAUCCUAUGGUUCACACAUUUAUCAAUGAAAAAUAUAAACAUUUACAAAUAUCCCAUUGGAAAGCUUAGGGUGCAACCUGUUGGAAUCAUUAUUUUCGCUGCGGUUAUGGCCACUCUUGGAUUUCAAGUGCUGCUUGUGGCAGCUGACAAAUUGAUUGCAAAUGAACCUUCAGAAAAAAUGAGCCAUGACCAAUUAAUUUGGUUAUAUUCAAUCAUGCUAAGUGCAACAGCUAUUAAACUUGUUUUGUGGAUCUACUGCAAAAGUUCGAGAAAUCAUAUUGUCCGUGCAUAUGCAAAGGAUCACCACUUUGAUGUUGUGACAAACGUUCUUGGACUAGUCUCGGCCGUUCUUGGGAAUGCUUUUUACUGGUGGAUCGAUCCGGUUGGUGCUAUUCUCUUAGCUAUCUACACUAUUAUCAAUUGGUUUGGGACCGUUAUGGAAAAUGCAGUCUCAUUGAUUGGACAGGCAGCUCCUCCAGAAGUGUUACAGAAGUUGACAUACUUAGUGUUGCGACAAGUCGCAGAUAAUAUCAGAUGUGUCGAUACUGUCCGCGCCUAUACAUUUGGUGUUCUUUACUUUGUCGAGGUGGAUAUAGAACUACCAGAAAAUUUGCCAUUAAAGGAAGCUCAUGCAAUUGGUGAAACAUUGCAAAUAAAACUCGAAGAACUUCCAGAAGUGGAAAGAGCUUUUGUUCAUCUCGAUUUCGAGAGUCAUCACAAGCCUGAACACUGUUUUUUCUACAAUUCCAAACGAUUUAUGAUAAUAUUUCUAUUUUUUUUUUUUGUUCACCAUGAUAAUAUUUCUAUUUAUAUGUAUGUUUUUGUGUGUCUAUUUAAAUAAAC